UUAAAAGCAAAAACCACUUGGCUCUUUAAGGUUCGUGAGUCGUCGCGGGAUUCCGGAGAAGGUGUGGUGCGACAACGCCACCAACUUCGUCGGCGCAGAUCGCCACAUGAGAGAGUUCCGAGCCCGUCUGAAGGAGCAGGGGGACGGUAUCGAAACAUUCGCAUCAAAAAAAGGAUGCGAGUUUGCGUUCAUACCGCCCAUAGCACCGCACUUCGGCGGACUAUGGGAGGCAAAGUCUGCAAAGCACCUGUUCCUUCGGACGGUAGGCCAAGACCUCUUGACCGCGGAGGAGCUCGAAACUCUGCUCACCAGCGUGGAGGCCGUGCUCAACUCCAGGCCCCUCGGAGCCCUGACCCCGGGCAUCUGCUCAUUGGCGGCCCUCUUCUGGCCCCACCAUCAGCGGCGUUCCCGGACCAGAUCAGCCUGACCUGCUUGCGACGAUGGCGAGGUUUCUCGUCCCUCAGGCACAGGUUUCGGCAGCGAUGGUCCCGGGAGUACAUCUCCAGCCUCCAGCAGCGAUCCAAGUGGCACCAGGGCAACAUGGGAGCGCUCGUCGUCGUCGCAGAAGACAACCUUCCGCCCCAGCAGUGGAGAAUAGGUCGAGUGGUAGCGGUGCAUGCCGGCGCCGAUAGCAAGGUUCGCGUGGCGGACGUCACGACGCAGGACGGGGAGUAUCGGCAAGCUGUCCACCGACCCUGUUGCCCGUUCUGGACUGAAGGACCUGGAGACACUUUAGGAACAGUAAGGGCCUUUUAA